AAUCCAGUUCUUGCACACUAUGGAAAACUUUCCUUCGAUACAAAUGUUCUCGUUCUUAUAAAACGUUUCCUUGGCAUGACAUUUUAUAAUUAUGUUUGUGAGUAUUAGUAUAAGUUAUCAGAGCAUUUAUUUUGAAAUCAUUAACAAGGAACACAUAGUGGUUGUUGCUCCUAUGACAAAUUCAAUUCAGGCUAAAAUAUUGUUGUUAGGACUAUGGUUAGAAUAAGAAUUUAAGAACUUUCUCUAUUAUUAUUUGCAGUGAUUUAAUAAGAGCACUGAGUGUUUUUCUUGAAGGUAAAAAAAUUGUUGUUGAAGGUAUGUAAUUAAUAUAAAACGGUAUAGAAAUAUUUCUGUACCAACUACUUGUGUAAUGUACCCAUUGUUUCCUACUUCUAUGUUUGUUACAGAUGCUGGCGAAGCUUGUGUGUGGUUUCCACAAACCAAACAAACAGACAAUCAUCCCUCAGGACUCUGUGAUUAACCUGUUCAGUACUCUCCCUCUAACAAAAAUACGCCAUCUUGGAGGGAAGCUUGGCCAAUCUGUGAUGGAACAACUUCAGGUGGAGAAUGUUGGUGAUCUGUGUCGUUUUACCGACAGAGAACUCCAGCAGUAUUAUGGCGACAAAACAGGGUACUGGCUUUAUGAGGUUUGUCGAGGUAUAGAGAGAGAACCAGUGUCUGCUAGACAGCUCGCUAAGUCAAUUGGUUGCAGCAAAAACUUCCGCGGCAAAGAGGCUCUCGAUACUCGUGAAAAGGUGGGGUUCUGGUUGUCCGAGUUGUCUGGGGAGGUAGUCGAGAGGCUGGAGAAAGACAGAGAAAUGAAUAAAAGAGUUGGACGCUCCUUGACUGUUAGCUUGCGAUACCAAGGCAACCCUUCAUCUGUGACCGCCUCAAGAGCAUGCGCACUGACACGAUACGAUACAAAAAAGAUUCAAGAGGACACACUCGCUCUUCUACAGAAAUUUAAUACCUCUGCUCCACAUCAGGCUGCAUG